AUGUCUAAGCCCACGUUCACCCUCUCCAGGGCGUCUCUCAAGGAUGUUCCCAGAAUCGGCGAGAUCGCCGUCCGCGUCUUUGAGACAGACACCCACUCGCAGAUGAAGGUCAUGACCAAGAAGCCCGACGAAUGGAGGCAAGGCUUCGAGGAAGGCGCCAGGAAUUACAUCGAAUCUCAACGCGUUGUCAUGCUCAAGGCAACGGAUGACCGCGACGGCACGGUAGCGGGCACUUUGGCAUGGGUCUUCCGGGGCGUGGAGAUGGAUUCGUCAGCUGGGGACUCCGGAGACGCUACGGCGCAGGAGGAGCAGGCGUCGGAACCAGGCAAGGAAGAAAGUGCCGGCGCCACUGGCGAUGCUGCGCAAGAUGUAGCUGCCGAGCAAGCGCCCGUCCCUGGAGCGGAGAAAGUAAAGGAAUUGGAGAAGAUGACAAGCGACCAUCUCUACGGCUUCAUGGACCGGGUCCUGCCUGUAGACGGAAGGGGCAUGUUUGUGGCUGGGUGUUCCGUCGACCCGAGCUACCAAGGGCAAGGUGUGGGAUCCUUGCUCAUGGACCAGGCCACCGAGAAGGCCGACAUGUUUGGCCUCUCCAUCUGGGUGCACUCUUCAGAAGCCGGGUGGCCAUUCUAUGCUAAGCACGGGUUUAAGGAAGUCGAGCGCUUGACGCUGGACCUGGAUGAGUGGGCCCGCGGCCCGCCGCCAAAAGAUGGGGUGUUUGGAGAUAGGGAAAAAUGGGGCGAGUAUAUAUUCCGGUAUAUGGCUCGGGAGCCCAAGUCUACAGGGAGCGGACACUGA